AAGGAGCGCGUGCCUUCAGCCCGACGAGGCGCGCGGCGGGAGACGAGCUGCGCGGUUUACUCGACGCCCUCGGACAAUAAUGGAAAGGACGUGGCAUUAGGAACAAUCUGAAGCUUCCAGUAAAAGUUGGUGACAUCAGACCUGGUGAGGAGGUUGUUUCACCACCGCUGGAACUGGAGAUUGCUUUGAAUCAGUUCUUGUAGAAGUCAUGAUGCAAGAAUCUGGGACUGAGGUGACAAGCAACGGACCAGCCAAUCAGAAUGGAGGCGCAAACGGGGAAGGCGUACCCAGGGAAGUACGGCCCAACAGUGCCACGCCAUCAGUGGACGUGACUGCUGCAGAUCUCCUGAAUCUCCAGCAGCACCAGGCGCUCCAAGUGGCUCGGCAAAUUCUUCUCCAGCAGCAACAUCAUCAUCAUCAGCAGCAGCAGCAGCAGCAGCAGCCAACGUCACAGCAGCUGCAGACUCAACAAAACACGGGCCGCAAAUCCCCAAAAGCAAGCGACAAGCAGCAGAGCCUGCAGCAGGUUUCUGCCCAGCAGUUGGCGUUCCAGCAGCAGCUCCUGCAGGUCCAGCAGGUCCAGCAGCAACACCUGCUCAACCUUCAGAGGCAAGGGCUUCUCACCAUCCAGCCAGGACAGACGAGCCUGCCGCUGCACUCUCUCGCUCAGGGCAUGAUUCCAGCAGAGCUGCAACAACUGUGGAAGGAGGUGACGAACGCUCACGUGAAGGAGGAGCACAACAACAGCAGCAACAACAGCCACCGGGGCCUGGACCUGUCCUCCCCGGCACCCCCAAAGAACCCUAUCAUCAACCAGCAUGCUUCCAUCAACGGCCAGUACAUGAGUCACAAAAGAGAAUGUUCGACGCUGGAAGAUCAUUCCCCCAACAGUCACCCUCUUUACGGCCACGGUGUCUGCAAGUGGCCUGGAUGUGAAGCGGUCUUUGAUGAUUUCCAGUCAUUCCUCAAGCAUCUGAACAACGAGCACGCCCUGGACGACAGGAGCACGGCCCAGUGUCGGGUGCAGAUGCAGGUCGUACAACAGCUGGAGCUGCAGCUAGCAAAAGACAAAGAGCGUCUGCAAGCGAUGAUGACGCAUCUUCAUGUCAAGUCCACAGAGCCCAAAGCCACCCCGCAGCCGCUCAACCUCGUGUCUAACGUCACAUUGUCCAAGUCGGCCCCUGAGGCUUCUCCUCCUCUGAGCCUUCCCCGGACUCCCACCACUCCCACAGCCCCCCUCACCCCACUAUCCCAGACGCACUCAGUCAUCACAGCCAACAGCCUCCACGGCGUGGGCCCAAUUCGACGGCGCUAUUCUGAAAAGUACAACAUGCCAAUCUCUCCAGAUCUCAGUCAGAACAAAGAGUUUUAUAUGAAUGCAGACGUCAGACCGCCGUUCACGUAUGCCUCUCUAAUAAGACAGGCGAUCCUCGAAUCUCCAGAAAAGCAGCUAACACUAAAUGAAAUCUACAACUGGUUCACACGAAUGUUUGCAUAUUUUAGGCGCAACGCAGCAACGUGGAAGAAUGCAGUCCGACAUAAUCUUAGUCUUCACAAGUGUUUUGUGCGAGUAGAAAACGUAAAAGGGGCUGUGUGGACAGUCGACGAAAUAGAGUUCCAAAAGAGACGGCCUCAGAAGAUCAGUGGAAGUCCGGCCCUUGUGAAGAACAUCCAGACUAGCCUGGGCUAUGGUCCAACUCUCUCCGCUGCCUUCCAGGCUUCGCUGGCAGAAAACAACAUACCUCUAUACACUACUGCUUCCAUUGGAAGUCCCACACUCAACUCCCUGGCCAACGCCAUCCGUGAGGAGAUGAAUGGAGCGAUGGACCAUGGAAACAGCAAUGGGAGUGACAGCAGCCCGGGACGCUCGCCUCUGUCAGCUAUGCACCACAUCAGCGUUAAGGAGGAACCACUGGACCCCGAAGACCACGACGGGCCCCUCUCUUUGGUCACGACCGCCAAUCACAGUCCAGAUUUUGAUCACCACAGAGAUUACGACGACGACCAUGAUGACAUGCUGUAGGACCCCCUCCCCCGUCCCUUCCAGCCUCAGAGGCUGAGACAGUGUGGAUCAUCUGGUAGACAGAGUUGUCCGCAGGAAGCACUGAAGUGACGUCUCGGCCGCUGACGGUCAGACGUCUCCACACUGACGUUUUAGUGCCAUUACACAAGAACACAAGAAAAACAACAGACCCCC